AUGUUCAGCCUUCAGGCUUCCUCGCUUUUGGCGGGCGCAUUUCUUGGAGUCGCAGCCGCCGCUUCCAAUUGCAGCAACACCUCCACGCCUUACUCUGCCUUGCCUCGCUGCAAAGUGACACCCAGUGAUCCCGAUUGGCCUUCAAUCACGGACUGGCAGAGCUUGAACAGCUCCAUCGACGGUGCACUGAUCUCCACCAUCCCGAUCGCGUCGUCCUGUUAUGCUGGAAACCCUUUUGGUGCUUCCGACUCCUGCGAUGAUGUGUCGUUUGGAUGGGGCUACUCUUACUUUCACUCGGAUCAGCCCGAAUCCAUCGAUUAUCCCAUCUGGGCGAACAAUUCUUGCCUCCCACCCAACGCGACCGGCUACGAUCCUGCUGCGGGCUGUCACAUUGGUGGAUAUCCGAGUUAUGUGGUUAAUGCAACUACUGCAGAACAAGUUGCCACUGCCCUCAAGUGGGCUUCGGAUCGAAAUGUUCGCGUGGUAGUCAAGGGCACUGGCCACGAUCUAAAUGGACGAUCAACCGGCGCUUUCUCUCUGUCCAUUUGGACACGCCAUUUCAAUGGUCUCGAGAUUAACAACUCCUGGUUGGUUCCGGGGGCUAACGAGACAGCUCAAGUCCUCGUAACAGGAAGUGGUAACAAUUGGGGAGAAGCACUACUGUACUCUCUAAAUUACGACCGCAUCGUAACCAGCGGUGUCGAUCGAACCGUCGGCUUGGGUGGCUACAUUCAGGGAGGAGGCCAUGGUCCACUAUCCAGUACGUACGGACUAGCCGCUGACCAGCUGCUCCAGGUCACAGUGGCUACUGUCGCUGGCAAUAUCCUGGUUUGCAAUUCCGUGCAAAACCAGGACCUCUUCUGGGCCGUUCGAGGCGGAGGUGGCGGUCAGUAUGGAGUGGUGACGGAAUACGUCAUUUUAACCUAUCCUACUCCAGCGAAUAUUGCUGCAUCUAGUGUGAGCAUUAUGGCCGCCAACAUGUCCGACUAUAGUGAUGCCACUGUGAAUGCCACAUGGAUUGCGUUGUCACAACUCAUGUCAAGCUUCCCUGACAUCAUGGAUCAAGGCAUCGCCGGUAGUGGUGCUGCCUUUACUGGACUGUCGGGAAAUAGCAUCCUUGGACUAUCCGAACCCAUUCCUGGAGUUCUGGCGAGCUUCAACUUUUGGGCACUCAACAUGACCACGGAGGCUAUGGAUGAUCUUCUGUCAACUGUCGAAUAUGAUAUCUUGUCGGCUGUCGGCGACUCUCGUCUCAUUUCGCUAACAUUUAGCAACUCCUCCAGCAGCAGCAACUACACAGAGUUCUUUCUGUCCAUGAACUCAUCUCCGAGCUCUGCCGGCCAAGUCAGCUUGACCGCAAGCCGCUUGAUCGGUCGUGGUCAACUCGGCGACCUUGCGGUAUCUGAUGUGGCUUCCUACUUUCAACGCGCCAUGGCUUCCCAGAGCGGUAACGGGUCCAUGCUCACUGUUGGUCUACAAGGAGGACCUGGACCACGGAAUGUCCCAGAGAACAGGCGCGGUGCCGUCAAUCCUGUCUGGCGCGACGUUUAUCUGCACAUUCUCCACGGCGGUGCCAAUGUCGACACGGACGCCAACACCCCGCGCAUGGCUUUGCAGGCAGCGGCCGAGUGGCUGGAUGUGAACAAGGAGGCCGUCUUCCGCGAGUGGGCACCCGAGACUGGCGCUUAUAUGAAUGAGGCCAACCCGUUCAACACAGAGUGGAAGCACGAUUUCUACGGCUCCUCGUACGACAGGCUAGUCCAGAUCAAGCGAGAGUUUGAUCCUACUUACACUCUGUUUGUCUGGAGUGGCGUAGAUAGUGAGUUUUGGGACUAUGACAUGGACUCGGGUAAGCUCUGUCAGAUUUAG